AUGACCGGCGGCACAAUCACAAAGGGAGGCAACAAGACGGGCGUCUACGCUGCUGCCGCGGCGCUGCGUCUUCUGCUCUUCGUUGCGUUCCCCGGCCUGCCUGACCUGCUGACCGGCCGCGUCGAGAUCUCGACCCCCGUGACAAGCUUCAAGCGAUUACAAGAAGGCCUCUUCCUCUAUAACCACAAUGUCUCUCCAUACGACGGCGGCGUCUACCACCAAGCGCCUCUCUUCCUCCCGCUCUUCUCACUCCUCCCGGAUUUGAAGUCGCUGCCGGUCUUCGCCUAUUUCCUCUACAUUCUCGUCGACAUUCUGACCGCGGAUGCGCUCUCCAGAAUUGCCGACUCAGGCGAGGCCGGGUCCUCGCGCCUCUUCACCUCCCCGCGCCGCGGCAAGAGGUGGAGUGGCCUCGUCGUCGCAUCGCUCUUCCUCUUCAAUCCCUUUACAAUAGCAACGUGCAUCGGCCGCUCCACCUCUGUAUUCUCGACAUGCGCCAUCCUCCACGCCGUCGCGAAAGCAAUCUCUGGCGCGCCCCUUGGCGCAAUGGUCGCCCUCUCCUUCGCAACGUACUUGUCGAUGUAUCCCCUCCUCCUGCUGCCGCCGCUCGUCCUCCUCGCCUACGACCGCCAGGACCCUUCCCGCCGCAUCGCAUCGACCGCGCGUUUCGCCCUCACGAACGUCGCCGUACUGGCUGCCGUCCUCGCCGCCUUAUUUCUCAUGUCCUUCCUCCUCACGGGCGGCUCCUGGGAGUUCCUCUCCAGCACUUACGGCGCCCAGCUCACGCUCAACGACCUGACGCCCAACGUGGGGCUGUGGUGGUACUUUUUCGUCGAGAUGUUCGACUCGUUCCGCCCCUUCUUCCUCGCCGUCUUCUGGCUCCACCUCUCGAGCUACGUCGGCCCCCUGACCAUCCGCAUCCGUUCGCAGCCAUUGGUCGUCGUUACACUGAUGGUCGGCAUCUUUGCCAUCUUCAAGCCGUACCCGUCCAUUGCCGACACGAGCCUAUUCCUGGCGAUGCUUUCGCUCUUCCGUCACCUCUUCCCCCUCAUGCGCUACACCUUUGUCGGCGCCGCGACAAUCAUGUACGCCUCGUUCCUCGGACCGGCAUUCUAUCACCUGUGGAUCUACGCCGGCAGCGGCAACGCCAACUUCUUUUACGCCAUCACCCUCGUAUGGAGCCUGGGCCAAACCUUGCUCGUGAGCGACCUGACGUUUGCGGUGCUGCGUGACGAAUGGGAAGUCGAGCGGCCCGAGAUGGUUGGAAAGGAGAUCCGGCAGAUCUGA